AUGACCCUAUACGCCAAUAACGACGCUCUUAUGUGCAAAAUCUUUACCACGAUGCUCCAAGGCGAAGCGCAAGACGGGUUCUACACCUUACCGCCACACUCAAUCUGGAACUUCAGCAAACUUUUCUUGGUUUUCACGAAGGAAUAUUCGUCCUAUCGGUGGAUUAAGAAGAAGUCUGACCACCUUUUCAAUAUGAAGAAUGACCUGAAUGAGUCACUCCAUAUAUAUGUCAAGUGGUUCAAGGCAAAGAUCAUCGGAUACGAUGACAGCAUCACAUGCUCAGCUUUAUGGAAAGGGCUCCCUGCAGAUCACUCAUUUUUUAGAGAAUUAAUCAUAGGUGAGAACUUGACCCUGUCAAACUCUUAUGCUUUGGCAGAAAAACACUCUAUCUGGAAUGAGGAAAAGUGCUCUCAAAAGUUGCUAAAGCAACCGUACAAAGACACAGAGCGGACUCAGAAGAAGACGAGCGAUAAACUGCUCAACGACAAAAACAAGACAGGGAGCAGACGUACGGAUCGAUCCUCGACGAAGGGAGGCUCGGCGCCCAAGACAUACACCAAGUUCUUGGUCCUGAUCAACCAGAUCUUUCGCGACCUCAAGGACAAGCCAUGGUUCAAGCUACCGCCACCUAUAAAGAGGGACCCCUUUAAGAUAGACCAGACCAAGUACUGCUCAUUCCAUAAAGGCCUCAGACACACAACCAAUGAUUGCACCAUGUGGAAGAGGUACCUUGAGUAA